UUUCUUCCGCGUGCUGCGUCACAGUCCUCUCCCCCCCCCCUCCCGCGUCGAAGGAGGAGGCAAGGCCAGGCCUGAAUUGCGAUCUUGGAUGAGGCCUUCGUGCCAGUCUCGAAUCGAGCAAGGCCUCGAGGGCGCGAGGGAGUUCCCUUCUCAAGAACACUCAAUCUGGUGAAAUCUCGUGCGGUCAGGUCCGCAGUCGGGGCCUUCCCGUGGGGACAUCGCUCGCUCGCUCAGAUUGAGGUGGAGUUCGUGCAGGAGAGCACGGUUUCCGGGGAGCGAAGAGUGGCCUGAGUGGAAACGCGCAGCCCGGGUCGCUAGCAAUUGCUCUGGCGGGAGGCUACGAGGCGAUACGUCCCGGUGAGUAGUGUGCAUAGACAGCGUUUCGCGGUCUGUCACAUCGGAGGACUGGGGAAAAUUGAAAUUAGCGCGAGCAUUUGUGGUAGAGUGUGUUUCGCGUUUCCUUUUAUGGAAUUUCAGUCGAAGUAGAGCCUGGUGGAGGCGGAACAGGGGAGUGAGAUCGCAGUACCGUAUUCUAUCAUCGUCAUGGGCAGCAUCUGAGCGGGAAGGAGGUGGCAGAAAUCCAUGCCUUCGACUGAAACGUAGGUGUUUCUCAAUUUUGAUAGCGGUGGUCUUGGAGACUCGGGGAGGCUCUUCACGAUGGACAUGAUGGGGAAGCAGACGCUCGGCAUGUUCAACAAGCCGGCGAUUGUAGAGACUUGUGCCGAUCUGAUGGUAUCAAUGUUACCAUUUUGGGUGGCUGUAGUCAUCGGCCUCGUCGUGGGCUGGUCCUGGAAACCUAGGUGGGUGAGCUUUCUGUUCCUGGGAUUGAGGAGUCGACCGCGGCUUGUGUGGAGCACUCCGCCAGGGUUUGGUGCCCGACGUUUGUGGCUCGCCGUGACCGCCCUCACAGCUUACCCCGUUUUGAAGGAGGCUUGGCCUAAAUUCCGCUCAUGGAUGUGGCCGGGAAGCCAGUCUCAAAUCGAGCAAGGUCUUGAUGCUUCCAGCCCUUUUGGUACUGACGGGGAGAGCAACAACGACUGGGCCGUCACUACUGAGGACUUAGUGGAGUUCUGUAAUAGGAUAGAAGCGCAGGAUGGAGGCCCGAAGUGGAACGAAUUGAUGGAGCGUUCCACAGACGGGAUGUUUUAUCAGGCUUGGCGCCGGGAUCCUGUGGGUAAUAUUGGGCCGACUGAGUACAGGAGCCGGACGGUUAUGGAAGAUGUUACGCCCGAGGAGAUGCGGGACUUUUUCUGGGAUGAUGAAUUUCGGCCCGAAUGGGAUGAUAUGCUAGCGUACUCUCGGACAUGCGAAGAGUGUCCGAGAACUGGAUCCAUGAUUGUGCAGUGGGUUCGAAAGUAUCCGUUCUUUUGCAAGGACCGUGAGUACAUCAUCACUCGUAGAAUUUGGGAUGCUGGGCAUACCUACUACUGCGUUACCAAGGCAUUCAACUCUUUGAAGAUUCCAAGGAAGGCUUCUCCGAGGAGGGUGGAUGUUUUUUAUUCCAGCUGGCGCAUUCGCGCAGUGGAAUCACGAAGAGGAGAUGGUCAAAUGACAGCUUGCGAGGUGUUGUUGUUCCAUCACGAAGAGAUGGGAAUUCAGCGCGAUCUUGCCAAAUUGGGAAUACGGCAAGGGAUGUGGGGAUGUGUGAAGAAGAUGGAACCGGGGGUACAUAAGUACAAGGCUCUUCGCAAGCAGGGCCGGCCGCUGUCGAAAUGUGCGCAGCUGGCGAAGAUCAACACGAAGGUUCCCGCGAAUUUCGUCAGAAAUCUGUCGAUGUUGGACCCAUCAGAAAUUGAAAGCGAUGAGAGCGGCGAAAUUAAGGAGAAAUCUAAAGGCCAUCUGCGAUGGUUUAUUCUUGGAGGGGCUGUGGCUUUAGCUUGCGGUGUCGACAGAGGAGCUGUCGGUAAAGUACUUGUUUUUGGAAUAGCACGACGGCUUGGAAGACUGGGUCGCAAAGCGGAAAUUGUAACAUACUAGGAGGGGGACUUGGUGCAAGUCGAGCAAGCAAGCGGAACGACUUUGGAGAGAUCGAGACGAAGCAGGCAACCCAAGAAGCAGAGUACGAGUAGGGCCUUAGACGGGUUUUAAUCCCCCUCACAUUGGAAAAAAAUUGUAUUUGUAAUGCUAUCAUCACCAUUCAUGUCAGUUUGACCUUUUACGUGUUUACUGGGCACUGUGCCUGGUUCCUGUUAUCUCACUCGGGUGGGUUUAGUAGGAAUUGCGGGAGAAGACUGGAUUUUGUCGUCAUAAAAUUGGGUUCCAGAUCUCGUACACGCAUGGAGCCCCUUGCCACUAGCUGAUAGACAGUGAAUAAAUCGGCAGUCAUGUAUCUACUAGCCCCAUCUGAAGGAGUGGGGGUAGAGGUAGAAGGAAGUUAGGAGUCGGUUCAUGAAUGGGUACCCUUUUGUAGACAUGCUUAUCACGAAUGUAUCUAGUCUAGAGCAUCCUGUACAAAGUUCUGCAGUGAAAUAUUUUUAUCACUCUUCAUGAAUUCCGACCCUCUUCCAAGCAUAUGUGUGCCUGCCUGUGAAUGCCGUCUGGUGUGGUUUUUCCCGUUUCUUUUCCCCGUUGAGGAUCCGGCCUCUUUGCGAUUGCCGUCUGCGAUUUGCCGGACUGCGCACAUGCUGGUGUUCAUCUGUGGCCCUCCUUAACGACUAUGAAUAAAGUUGAAUUUCUUCCCAGUCCCUCCUCAGUCAACUACUCGCCAUGUGCUUCAGACUUGUAUGAUGGCCGUCGGAGAUGAGUUUCGUGAACAUCUCUCUGUCCAUAUU